GCAGAUCGAUCUGUUGACGUCACUAGGUUGCUGUACCAGAGUUUAUUAGAAUGAGAAAUUAAAAUGGUGGAUUAUGCGACUUUUUGCUCAAGUCUUUAAAGACAAACGUACAACAUAGAAUAUGACUUUUAUGGCGGAAUUACAAACAGUUUUUGGUGUAAUCGUCCUGGAUGUUGUUCUCGUGUACGGGAAAGAUUGUUACAAUUAUAGAGAAGAACCCCGCAUUCGAUCAUGUGAUUAUUGCUGCGGUGACGAAUAUGAACAGCAUUGCUGUAAUAACACCUUGCAAAUUGUAGGAUGUGUCAUUGGCGCGUUCUUUGUGAUCGGAGCAAUUAUUGGCGUUGGCUAUUUUUGUUACCGGAACAAGUCAAAGCGCAGACUCACGCAUGCGCCGUCAGCCCUGGGCAGGUUUGGAAUGAGAUCUCAACAAAACAACGUAAUUACAACGCAAGAGCGACAAAUACAACGGCGUAUACCAAGGAUUCCAGGAAACCGGGACAAUGCGGGCUAUGUUCCCACAUUUAGCUCCCAAACGAUGCAACUACCUGCCUACUAUCCGCCAAAUUACGUAAACAAUAUGCAUUCUAUACCAAUAGCUCCUACAGCGCCGAUGCCGCCACCAUAUGAAAUGACAAUUGCUCCGCCCCCUUACUCUGUGAGCAAAGGUGUCCCGCCUCCACCAGAAUACAACACUGUUGUUAGUCAUAUGUCUAAACCCGGACAUAAACCUGGAGAGUAUAGUGAUUCGAUGCCACCACCUACUGACUAGCUAUUCCAUUUAAGUUGGUUGCAUGUUUUGGUUGAAUUUAUUUUUAUUGUUUGCUCAUAAGGAAAUGGAAUGUAUUGCUUCACAGAAUUUUUCAGAAACCUUUAUAUCAAAGUGAAAUUGCUUAGUUUUUAAUCAUACCAUUAAUGUCUUUCCGUGUCUAAUUAUACUUGUGUUUCAGCAAAGUAAUUGACCUGUAGUGAUACAUAUUUAUCUUCUGUUCAAUCAAAAGCAACAUCGUGAUGAUGUCUAUAUUAAAAAUACCAUAAAGAAAACUUACAAUAUUUUAUUGUGUUGAAGAUUGGGUACAUUACAAACCGGUGCUGAAGGGCUUCAGAAAUGUUGCACUUUACAUGGUCUCUCAUGAACAAACUCGAUAAAUUUCUUUUUUUAAAACGUUGUUUUCAUUGUCUUUAGGGGGAUCUCCCAUUUUUUUCCAGAUUUUAAAAAGUAAAAACCAACAUUUUAGUUUUCCUUUUGAUAUGUUUUAGCCUUAUUUUACAUCUCCCCCACCUUUAAGAAUAACGACCUUAUAAAACAACUCAUAAAAGCGUUUAAUGAUUACGAUGAAAUUUGCGAAUCUCAUUCCCGGCAAGUCAAUAUGAAACCGGAAACGGAAAUUGCACUUCUCCAAGGGAAAUGUAAAUGGACCGACAGUAUAGGUUUCCAUUAUGGGUCGAUUACUUUGUUUGCAUAUCCAUCUUGUGUAUUUACAUAUGAAACUGCUGAAUAAUGUUUAUAUUUAGAUCAUUUAUUUAUUAUUUAAUUCACACACAUUUUCUUUUUCUUUCUUUUUAUUAUGAUCUAACCGUUAUGCACAGAUGUCUGUAUUUUGACAAACCUGACCUGGGAUUCUGCUGAUAAAGUUUGCUUAAGUCAAUAAUGUUUUGAUCCGAUAAGUUUAUUAACACUAACCCGUCUUGUGGUAAAAGUUACAGGUCAGACUAGUGUCGCUAGUGCUGUGCAACACUUCCCUUUAUGCCGCUGUUCCAUUUGAUUUUGGUAUCAAUAUAUUAAUAUCGAUAUGUUGAUAAUGAAUAGGUUCACAUACAAUGUAGGACAGUCCCAUCUCCUGUAAUUCAGUAGUGAAUAGGGAUAAUUUUGAAACAAAAUAUCAGACCAAACUUUAGUUGUUAAACAAUUAAUAUCAGUAAACGGCCAUUUGGUAAUAUUAAAAACUAUAUGUUACUUAAUCAUAUGCUCUAGUUGUUGUUAAAAUAUUGAUCUAUAUUCGUAUAGAUAAAUAUCAUAUGUAAGAAGUAUUUUUAUAUAGAUUUGUAAAUAGAAAACUAUUUUUUUCUCUAUGAUUGUCUGUGAUAGUUAAGAUUUGUUUGCAGGGGGGAUCUUUUCCGCAUUUUUUUAAAAAAAUUUAAUGUGUUAAUAUAUAUAAUAUCAUAUUGUUUUAAAUUAUGCGUUUAAUUGUUGUUUUUUGUCUAUUGUUUAAGUACUAUUUAUAUUCUUGUUUGCCGCCUCCUUGGAGAUUGACAUAAUGUGCUGAUGAAAUUUCUUGGUAAAUAAAGUACAUGCAUCAUGUAACUG